UCACUUCUGCUCGUAAACUUGUAAUGGCACAAAUAAUAGAAAUUAGUAAUUACUAAAAAUAAAAAUAAAAACUUUUCCUGUGGGCCUGACUCGCACAUAAAUCUGUCAAUUCGAAAUACGAGCCAAGCGAAUGGACUGCUAAUAGGAUCUCUGGGGACAAAUGUGCGCAACAACACCCACUAGGAAGCCCCCCACUCACGCCGCACAGAUACAGAUAGCUGCGUGAAGCCAUUUUUAUAUGCUGGCAGUUGUUGGAGGAAAUUCAAUUUUCAGAAACAUAUCCAAACAAUGACAGCUGAUUCCAGUGCACGUAAUGUAUUCCGAAAGAACGGCGUUGCCGGCUUGGGGAACAACGGUCAUGGCCGGAAUCUUAUUACGACGGCGAAUCCAUCCGGCGGGAGCAGUGCCUCCCUGCUCCAGAAGCAAUUGUCCUUUAAGACGCCCGUGGGGUCCAAGCAGAUGGGCAAAUCCGAUGAGAUUGAAAUGAUUGACAGUGCGAACAUCGAAAACUUCAAUACGCGAUAUAAUAAGAAUAGUAUUAUUGGAUGGAUAUGCUGUGCCCCGUGUAUAUGGCUGCGUACCUCCGCGGCGGUGCACAAAAUGGCCAUCACUUCGGCCACCUUGCUGGUGACCACAUUGCUGGUAGCAUCGCCCAUUUUAUUUUUGAUAAGCACCGCACCCUCUCCCCUGCCGCGAGAUUGUUAUAUGGAGGGGGAUCGAUGCUCGCCCGCCGUCUCAGCACCGCCCGAAUGCACGGAUCCCAUUUGCGAAGCAGUGGCCUCCAGCAUCCAGGCCAGACUCAAUUGGAACAAGGAUCCGUGCACCGAGUUCAAAAAGUUUAGCUGCUGGCGCAAUACCCGAAAUAAGAACAUAACGAACCUCAUCGAAAUGGGGAACUCGCAGAAAAGUGUCGACUCACAAAUGCUGUAUCUUUUUCAAAACAAAAUAAUGAACGACACUUUUAAUAUAUUGCACAAUUUGUUCGAAAGCUGCCUGCAGCAGACAACUAACUCUACUAUUAUGCACCACAUUUUGGAUUCUUUGGGUGGAUAUAUACCUGUUGGCUCAGUGGGACCCUCCAGCAUAGCGCCUUUGAUAGCUAAAAUUUAUGAUCUCGGUCCAAGUCCCUUGGUGGACUUGUAUUACGAUCUAAGCUAUGGAAGGAGGCCGCACAUUCUACUCAUAAUCAGUGGACCCAGUACAUCGUCAACUAUACUUGAGCGCAAAAUUCGCUGGAUGAGCCCGAAAGCACCACCAAGUCGUAUUCGACAAGGACUACCGAAACUAUUGGCCGAUUUAAUCGACAAUUUUCUACCAUAUUUUGUGUCAUAUGCUCAAAGAGUGUCUGAGAAGGAUACAAUUUUUGAAUUUAUUAAGGACCUAAACAAGCUCCAAGUGGAGCACUCUCGCCGAGGCUUCUGGGACAGCACUGUUUUAUAUAAUGUAUCCAACCUACAAGACUUGUACCCAGUUCUAAAUUGGACCCUGUUAAUACCAUCGAAUUGGAGUGGACCCAUCGUUGUCAGAAAUAGUGAUUAUCUGAAGGCCUUAGAAUAUUUUCUUACCAAGUAUCCAACCCGAGUGGCACACAACUCGCUGCUUUUGCUGAGCGCUUUAGAAAUACUGCCCAGGGAUUAUCCCAGUCCCGAGGUAUGCACGCGAUCUACGAUGUGGGCCUUGCCCGAAUUGUCAUCGGCCUUGUAUAUUGCUCAGCACUCAUCCGAUGAUCUGAAGGAUAUAACGAAAAGGGCGGAGAUCAUAUUUAAAUCCUUGAAAGCACACCUAAAGAGAGCUCCUUCACUGAAGGGAGCUGCCCUCGUGAAAUUAUCGGCAUUAAAGAUCCAGUCACAGACCUGGGAUGGCUUUUCAAAUACCACGGAUUUACUGAGAACCCUUCAAACCUUGGACAUAACCGCCGAGUGUUGGUUUCAAAACAUCCUGGAGAUAUACAAGAAGAACAAGCUGGUACCAACGGAUAUUAACUUGCAUGGAGGAGGCUCCCAUGAUGCCUGGGCCUACCCCAUCGUUUCGACUAUAUUCUACGACACCCUUAGCCAUUCUAUCGUUGUCCCAUUAUCUGUCAUCCUCAUACCGUAUUUCAAUGCUGUGUUGCCUCCAUAUUUACAUUACGCCUCUGUUGGUGUAUCCAUUGCGAAGGAGAUUUUGCGUUCGAUUACCAAAUCGUUUGACGAGAAGGCCAUGCGUUGUGUUCCACAUUCUGUGAACAUAUUCUCGAACUAUAGCCGCAUGGAUAUACUGAUUCAUUCGGGAGGAAUGCAGAUCUCAUACCACUCAAUGCUCUCCCUAACCGGACCCAUCAAGGGAAUGGCAAGGUUACCAGGCCUCAAUCUAACGCCGACACAAAUCUUCUUUUUAGUCUCGGCUCAGGAGCUGUGCGCCGAAUCGAAUUACUUGGGCAUUGAUACCAAUGCUCCCGAGUUUGAUAAUAUAUUGGGUUGGCUCGUUGCCCAAGGCGGGAGCGCGACUGAAGUAUUCAAGUGUCCAUCGGGAUCCAUGAUCAAUGUACAAAAAACCUGCAAUGUGCUUUAAACGUGUCUGUCGCCCUCGAGACUAGAGUACCUACUACUUACCUUGUCUAUGAUCUGAAUCAUCAGCUAAAAAUAUAGUAGCCUUAGGGACUUACCAUAGUAUUGUUUUUAUUUGAAAAUUGUGAAAUGUAUAUUUUUCAUAAAUAUACUGUUAAUAAACUGUUGGUUUAUGUUUGAA